AUGCCGCCCGAAGCAUAUUGCGCAUCAACAUGGUCAAACAGGUUCAUUGCUUCACUAAUAACAAUUGAUGAGGAGGAUUGUGUGGAUAAGAAGGACGAGGGGGCUGAUGAGGAUGGAAAAGAUGGGGAGGAUGAAGAGGAUGAGGGGGAUGAUGAGAAUAAGAAGAAUGGGAAGGAAGCGGAUUAUGAGGAGAUUGAGAAGGAUAAAGAUGAUAAGGAGAAUCAGAUGGGUAAGAAGGAUGAGGAGGAUGAUGAGGAUGGAGAGGAUGAGGAGAAUGAGGAGGAUUAUGAGAAUGGAAAGGAUAAGGAAGAUCAGAAGGAUAAGGAGGAUAAGGUGGGUAAGCAGGAUGAGGAGGAUGAUGAGUUUGGGAAGGAUAAGGAUAUAGAUGAUGAUGAGGAUGAUAAGAAUAGCAAGGCUACGGAGGAUAAGGAGGAUGGUGAGUUUGGGAAGGAUGGGGAUGAGCAGGAGGAUGAGGAGGGUAGUAGGAUGAUGAUGAGGAGGAUGACGAAGAUGACGAGGAUGGGAAGGAUGGGUAGGAUUGGAAGGAUGAGGAUGAGGAGGACGAGGAUGAGGAGGUUGAGGAUAUGGAUGAUGAUAAGGAUGAUGAGGAUGCUAAGGCUGCGGAGGAUAAGAAGGAUGAUGCGUUUGGGAAGGAUGAGGAUGAGCAGGAGGAUGAGGAGGACUCCUCCUUCGACCUCCUGUCUCCAUCUCUUCGGAUGCGGAUUCAGGCAGACAGAAAAUGUACGACCUGUGGCGGCCAUGACGCUCAAGGAGAAGGGGUACGAUCAAGAGGAUCAGCAUGAUGAAGAAGGCGAAGAGAAUCAAGGAGGAUAUGGGGAAUGUUUGACGGGCAAGGGGGCUCUGCAUAAAUUGCAUUCAAGAAAAUAG